AUGUCGCUGCCUCAGCGACCCGAGCCAACAUCGCCCGGGCAUAGGGGCUCCGGGCGGCAUCAUCGGCUGAACGAUGUGGAGACUGGACCCGCAUAUUAUGUCGACGAGCAGCAGUACAGUGGUCCUCCAACGAGAAGACCAACAUUGCCGACGGAUGGUGGACCUCAAGCUGGUGGGAUGCCAGGGCCUGCUGACCCUUAUACACCCACAGGCACUCCCGGUCCCGAAUUUGGACGAAGAAGGAGUCUGAUUAGACCGGAGCGAAAUAGAAUUGAUAGGGACCAUCCAAAUUACUACUACCGACAGCAUGCGCAGCGACAGAAUAUGAAUGUACUUCCUUCCACAACGGGCAACGAUCCCAUAGUCGAAGACCGUACGGAGGCCUCGUCGCAUGCCUCAACAGAUUCAACCGAUCUCAAGAGUUUGACUCGGCCAACUCAGUCAAAUCCUAGGUACUCGGAGGACGGAAUGGAAGCGGUGGCCAGAAGGCAUAGCUCGAGGAAAUUGACCAGGGCGCAUUCGAAGAGGCAUUCAUUGAACGAGAAGGAAAAGCUGAAGAAACAGGAUGAUGCUGUUCGCCCGCCUUCUCUGUGGAACGUUUACUGCGCAAUCAUCACCUUCUGGUGUCCAGGUGCACUUUUGAAGUGCUUCGGUAAGCCUGCCAAAGCGCAACAACGAGCGUGGAGAGAGAAAAUGGGUCUCAUCAGUAUCAUUCUUCUCAUUUGCGCGUUCGUCGGCUUCCUUACCUUCGGUUUUACACAAUCGGUUUGCGGAGAUCCUAUUCAACGCUUAAAGGUCAAUCAGGUUGGCACUGGAUACUUGAUCAUGCACGGACGAGCCUACGAUCUCACAGGGUCCAAACAUCCAGCUACUGUUGAUUUCCCCGUUAAUAGCAACGUUCUAUACGAUCUUCCCGAGAAGAACGGCGGGAAGGAUGCAUCAUUCUUGUUUCAGAACGUCAAUGGCCAGUGCAAGGGGUUGAUCACUCCUUCCGAAAAAUCGACGAUACCCACCGAUUCCAGCGGUGGAAUGGCUUGGUAUUUCCCUUGCAGGGUUUUCAAUCAGGAUGGGUCCACAAAGCCGAACUUGAACAUGACCGAUCAGAAAUAUCUCGGGUACGCCUGCCACACCAGCGGUGCCGCAAGACAAGAUUUUUACAGGCUCAAAGGUGCCACCGAAGUUUACUUCUCAUGGAACGACAUCAAAAACAGCUCUAGAAACCUUCUGGUCUAUUCGAGUAGUGUGUUGGAUCUUGACCUUCUCAAUUGGUUGGAUAGCAAUCAAGUGAAAUAUCCGUCUCGGUUUGAUGAGUUCCGCCAAGAUCCCAAGUUUCGCGGGACCGACGUUACCCAUCUUUUCCAAGGUUCUACUGAGAAGAAGCUCGUGAAGUGUUUGUCGGAAAUCAUUCGCGUUGGCAGUAUUGACACUGAAACCGUCGGUUGUAUUGCCUCCAAAGUUGUUCUCUACGUGUCUUUGGUCUUUAUCGUCAGCAUUGUUCUCAUCAAGUUCUUGCUCGCCUUGUUCUUCGGAUGGUUUUUGAGCUGGAGAUUGGGAGCCACUAGGGCUAGUGAUAUCAGGAAGGACAUGAAGAGACGGAGGAACGAGAUUGAAGAUUGGUCAGAUGAUAUCUACCGCCCACCUCCAAAGCUAAAGGAUGCAAAUGCCCCCGUUGGAGACCGUUCUUCUAAGAGAGGAAGUUUCCUGCCAACCACCAGUAGAUUUACCAGUCCUUAUGCUCAGGAAAGACCUCAAAGCCGUCACAGGCCUCUCCCUACUACUAUGGGCUCCCAGAGUUCUACUGCGAGGUUACUACCACCUGGGCAAGCCAUGUACCAACAAGUCGGUCAAAACGGAUCUAGAGGAAGCUUGGGUGGAAUGAUGACCGAAUCGAUGUCAGGAUCGAACCUUCUGGGUCCUAGCCAUGGUGGUCAGCCUGGUGAACGACUCAGUGUUUACUCUGAAGUCGACGGACCCGGACCCGCUGGAUUCAUUCACGAAGCUGUUGUACCUCAGCCACCACCUGAAUAUCAGCCAUUCGGAUUUCCGCUUGCCCAUGCCUUGUGUCUUAUCACUUGUUACUCCGAGGGUGAGCAAGGGGUUAGGACUACAUUGGACUCAAUCGCGACUACUGAUUACCCCAAUAGUCACAAGCUCAUGUUGAUUGUUUGCGACGGUAUGAUCAAGGGGCAUGGCGAAACUAUGACCACCCCGGAAAUUAUCUUGUCCAUGAUGAAGGAUCACGCUGUUCACCCUGACGCCGUUCAAGGGUUCUCGUACGUUGCUGUUGCAUCUGGCGCUAAGCGCCACAACAUGGCUAAGGUCCAUGCCGGUUUCUAUGACUAUGGGAGGAAUUCCCAAAUCCCCGUUGAGAAGCAACAAAGAGUACCUAUGCUUGUCGUCGUCAAAUGCGGAACCCCGGAUGAAGAGGGUGGUAAAAAGGCUGGAAAUCGUGGUAAACGUGAUUCUCAAAUCAUUCUCAUGUCCUUCCUUCAAAAGGUUAUGUUCGACGAACGUAUGACGGAACUGGAAUUCGAGAUGUUUAAUGGCAUUUGGAAGAUUACCGGAAUAUCGCCCGACUAUUACGAGAUAGUACUUAUGGUUGACGCUGAUACUAAAGUUUUCCCCGAUUCGCUCACUCACAUGAUCGCUGCUAUGGUCCACGACCCUGAUAUCAUGGGACUUUGUGGAGAGACAAAGAUUGCGAACAAGACUGGAAGUUGGGUUUCUAUGAUUCAGGUCUUUGAGUACUUUAUCUCCCAUCAUCUGACUAAAGCCUUCGAGUCUGUCUUUGGCGGUGUCACCUGUCUUCCCGGAUGUUUCUGUAUGUAUCGUAUAAAGACUCCGAAGGGUGGUCAGAACUACUGGGUCCCUAUCCUCGCCAAUCCCGACGUCGUCGAGCACUACUCCGAGAAUGUUGUCGACACCUUGCACAAGAAGAACCUGCUGCUUCUUGGAGAGGACCGUUACUUGUCGACACUGAUGUUGAAGACCUUCCCCAAGCGCAAGCAGGUUUUCAUUCCUCAGGCAGUUUGUAAAACCAUUGUACCGGAUGAAUUCAAGGUUCUUCUCUCGCAGAGACGCAGAUGGAUCAACUCGACUGUGCACAAUCUCAUGGAACUGGUUCUCGUCCGGGAUCUUUGCGGAACAUUCUGCUUCUCUAUGCAGUUCGUCGUCUUCAUCGAAUUGAUCGGAACGCUUGUCCUCCCCGCCGCUAUCACCUUCACGUUCUACCUGAUUAUCAUCUCGUUCGUCAAGAAGCCAGUACCCGUCAUCCCGCUUGUCCUCCUCGCGCUCAUUCUUGGUCUGCCCGCAGUCCUGAUUGUCCUCACCGCCCACCGCUGGUCAUAUGUCCUUUGGAUGCUUAUUUACCUCAUUUCACUGCCCGUGUGGAAUUUGAUCCUGCCGUCGUACGCCUUUUGGAAAUUUGAUGACUUUUCCUGGGGUGACACCCGGAAGGUUGCGGGCGAGACGACGAAGAAGGCUGGUAUCGAGUAUGAAGGAGAGUUUGACUCGAGUAAGAUUGUUAUGAAGCGAUGGGCGGAUUUCGAGAGAGGCUUGUCCCCCCCCCAAAAAAAUGCCAAAAGACGUGAUGCUGACAAUAAUAUAGAACGCCGUCAACGACUCCCGCAAUCCGGCUGGGCCCCUCAACCGGCUGGCUCUUGGAGCCACCAUCAAGGAUACGAUGGAGAGUGCCAAGACAUGUAG